AUGAAUGUGUCUUAUUGGUACUAUUCCUACAAGAUCAGUAGUAGAUCUUCAUCAUUGUUCUCUGUCAGAAAAUCAAAUAUUAAAGAAAUAAUACCUGACAUAAGCCUAGUUAAAAAUCAGUUUUCAAAACUCUCCAGCAAUCCUUCAAACCGAAUUUGGACUGUGAAACCAGUGGGACGAUUUGGCAAUCAGAUAGGACAAUAUGCAACUCUAUACUCCCUUGCCAAACUGAAUGGACAUCCAGCCUAUAUCACUCCUAGAAUGCAUGAAACCUUGUCCAAGUUAUUCAAGAUUAAUUUGCCUAUGAUUUCUGAAGAAGUAUAUAAUCGUAUCAAAUGGAGAAAUUAUCCAAUCAAGAACUGGAUGUGUCCAGAGUACAAGAACAUUUCAGGUCAGUAUGUCAAACUGGUUGGAGUGCCAUGUUCAUGGACCUUUCAUCACCAUAUCUGGGAGGAGAUACAUCGUGAAUUUACUUUCCAUGACUUUGUUAAAGAAGAAGCUAACACCUAUCUUUCUAAAGUCAAAGGAGAAAGGGAAAAUGUUACAUUUGUUGGGGUCCAUGUCCGUAGAGGGGACUAUGUUGCAAUUAUGCCCAAGAGAUGGAAAGGAGUUUUAGCAGACAAGGGAUAUUUGCAAAAGGCGAUGGAUUACUUCAGAAAUAAGUAUGAAAACCCACUUUUUAUUGUGACCAGUAAUGGGAUGGAUUGGUGUAAAGAGAAUAUUAAUAACUCAUUGGGAGAUGUUCACUUAGCUGGAGAUGGGAAUGAGGCCUUUCCUUCUCGAGAUUUUGCACUAUUAACACACUGUAACCACUCAAUAAUAACCAUUGGGACUUUUGGGAUUUGGGUUGCUUAUAUUGUGAGAGGUGAAACAGUUUACCUUUCAAAUUAUUUGUUACCAAAUUCUCCUUACUUUAGAUUUUUCAAGUAUGAAACAUCGUAUCUCCCAGAAUGGAUUGGAAUCCCUGCUAAUCUGUCUUCACUUUUGAAGAAAACUACAUAA